AUGAAAACGAAAGAAGGCUCCCUAUCUUGGAGCUCUUUAAAAUGCAAUCUUGAUCCAUGGAUUCGUGAAGGCAUUAAAUCACUUGGGUUUCAAACUAUGACACCAGUGCAAGCUUCGACCAUUCCUCUCUUUGCUGGUAACAAAGAUGUUGUAGUGGAGGCUGUUACAGGGUCAGGGAAGACAUUUGCGUAUACAAUCCCGAUGCUACAAAAGGUUUCGAAUUUGCUAUACAGUGAUGGUGAUGAUAAGGAGGCACAACCAAUUAAGAAAGGACAUAUGAUAGGAAUAGUCAUUGCACCUACUCGAGAACUUGCAAGCCAAAUUCAGGCUGUGUUCCAAUCACUUCUUCAAUUUCUCCCGGAGGACAAGCAGCCUAUCAAGACACAGUUGUUAGUGGGGUCAUUAUCUAGCAUAAGAGAAGAUGUUGAGAACUUUUUGAAUGAAGGACCGCAAGUGAUAGUUGCAACUCCAGGAAGAUUACUAGAGUUUCUUACCUCAAGCUAUAUCAAAUCGAAAUCCGUGGAGAUAGUAGUCUUGGAUGAAGCUGACAGGCUACUCGAUAUUUCUUUCAAAAAUGAGGUGACCAAAAUAUUGAAAAUUUUACCUAAACAAAGACGUACAGGGUUAUUCUCAGCAACUAUCUCGUCUGCUGGAGACGCUAUAUUUAGCACUGGUAUGCUGAACCCAGUGAGGGUAUCAGUUAAAUCGAAAAAUUCCAAGAACUCAGCUCCGGCGUCAUUGCAAAUCAACUAUUUACUAGUCAACCCAGAGCGCAAAGUUUCAGUCUUAUCAAGGCUUUUGAAUGAUUAUCAAUUCAAAAAAUGCAUUGUAUAUUUACCAACUUGUACUUCCGUGAAGUACUUCUACAAUAUCUUUCGGAGCCUACUUGUAAAUAAAGAAAAAAACUUACAAUUUUUCUCCUUACAUGGGCAAUUGUCUACGAAGCCAAGACUCAAAACUUUACAAACAUUUUCUGAUACAGACUCCUACUUACGCAAAGGUAUACUAUUGACAACUGAUGUUGCUGCAAGAGGUAUUGAUAUCCCAGACGUUGAUUUGGUUAUUCAACUUGAUCCUCCAACAGACCCUGACGUUUUCUUGCAUCGUUGCGGAAGAACAGGUAGAGCUAACAAAGUCGGAAGAGCUAUUGUUAUGUUAAACGAGAAUACUAGAGAAGAAGAUUAUAUCGAUUUUAUGGAUGUUAAAGGUAUUAAAUUGAAUAGAAUGGAAACACCAGAUUCACCUGAGCAUGACAGUCUUUUGAAUUCAAUGAGAGCCUAUAUUCUAGAAGAUCGUGCAAGAAAUGAGCUUGCGGUAAAAUCUUACGUUGCAUUUAUUAGAUAUUAUUCCAAGCAUAUUACUUCGUCAAUAUUCAGGCUUCAAAGUUUAGACUAUAUACUGAUUGCCAAAAUGUAUGGCCUAUUGAGGUUACCUAAAAUGCCCGAAUUGAAGUUUAUUCCCCCUGAAACAAUACCGAAAGAUGGUUGGUUAGUUGAACCAAUCGAUAUGGAUAAAUAUUCCUACUCAGAUAAGGAGAAAGAAAGGACGAGACUCCUCAAUAUGGAAAGCGAUAAGAAUAAAAAAAUUAUGGAUGCAAAAAAGAGAAAGGAAUUGAAGGUUAAAAACGAAGCUUGGUCGUAUAAAGUAGGUACAAAAGAUGCUAAGCAAGAAAGAAGAGAAAAGAUGAAAAGGAAAAGAGAGCAAAUAGAAAAUCAAUUACUUGAAGAAUCGUCUGAUGAAGAUGAUAAAACCAAUGUUGAUUGGAAAGAAAUAGUGAAAAGUAACAAAAGAAAGAAGGCAACGGACUCUGCACUCAUUGGCUCAUUUGACGGCCUAUAG